AUCUCCGCCACAAAGAAUGCCUCGACCUCGUUCCAAAAACACUUGGAUAGUUUAUUUGUUUGGGCUACAGGCCAACAACUUUAUCAGCAUUCGCAUUUCCCCAACAAACUACACCUCCACUCUUAAUUGCUCCUUUUUCUCAUGUCAAUGGCUUCUCUUUUGACUCCAUCUCCCACUUUUCCUCUUCAAACUGAGAUCAAUUAUCACAGUGAGAGAAGUCCAUUCAAAACCAUAUCAGUAUCAAUUUCUAGACCAUCUGUUGGAAGAAGGGGUAAACGUUAUGGUAGCUGUACAGUAUCAAGAGCUACUUCUAUUGAAAAAGAUGUCCUUGACAAGGAUAUUCAUGUGGUGGAUGAAAAGAAGGAUUUUGGAGUAGUUGGCAUGCAUCAUGUUGGGAUUCUCUGCGAAAACCUUGAAAGGUCACUUGAAUUUUACCAGAACUUACUAGGUUUAGAAAUAAAUGAGGCAAGACCACAUGACAAGCUCCCCUACAGGGGUGCAUGGCUGUGGGUUGGCUCUGAGAUGAUUCACUUGAUGGAGCUUCCGAAUCCCGACCCUUUCACAGGGCGGCCUGAACAUGGGGGUCGAGAUCGUCAUACUUGUAUUGCAAUUCGGGAUGUGUCUAAGCUUAAAGAAAUCCUCGACAAAGCAGGUAUACCAUACACCCUAAGUCGAUCUGGAAGACCAGCAAUCUUCACUAGAGAUCCAGAUACUAACGCACUAGAGUUCACACAAGUCGAGAGUUAACAGGAGUUCGGUAUAUAUAUACAUACAUUGUACUUAUCUACUGUACUGAUUCCCUUAUUAUACUGGCUGUACAUAGAGGUAAAAUGAAAGCUGAAGUAGAAACAUGGGGUUUUUUGGGCCUGAAGUAAGAAGAGCUCUACUUUGAGCUCUACUUUGAUGAUC